AGAGGUCCAACUCAGAGAAGACACAGAAGGGCACGGGAGAAAAAAAAAUUAAAGAAAGAAACCAAGCACUCCAAGAGCAUAAAGGAAGCUGAAGAGGCCCCAGAGAGGCAGAGACGGAGCCAUGCCCCACAGCUCCGACAGCAGCGACUCCAGCAGCUUCAGCCAGUCACCCCCUCCCAGCAAGCAGGAUUCUUCUGAUGACGUGAGAAAAGUUCAGAGGCGGGAGAAGAACCGCAUCGCUGCCCAGAAGAGCCGCCUGAGGCAGACUCAGAAAGCAGACACGCUGCACUUGGAGAGCGAAGACCUGGAGAGGCAGAAUGCAGCCCUGCGCCGAGAGAUCAAGCAGCUGACAGAGGAGAUGAAACACUUCACCUCAAUGCUGAGCUCCACCGUGACCCGUGCCCCCCCGCCACCCCCAGAGGUGCUCUAUGCCACACACUCCUUCCAUCAGCCCCACAUCAGCUCCCCGCGCUUCCAGCACUGA